UUAAAUACCCAUGACAGAAAAUUUGGAGCAGACCAACCUCGGCAAUGUUUACUGUUGUCAACACAUGAAUGUAAUGUCGGAGCGUACCAAGAAUUAUUCGUUGUGGGGAAACACAUCCUAAUACACGUGCUUUACGAGGAUUAAAAAGUUUUCGUGAUAAAAAUUUUAGGUCGGAAUACCGGAUGAGUUACUGUUACAAUAGGUGUCAUUGUCACAGUAAAUUUCGUACCUGGAACAAAUUGCUUCCAAACUAGAAAUUUUAUCGAGAAAAAAAACCGCUUCUCUGCAUGUGUUGAAUAUAAACGAAAUUAUAUUUGUCAUCUGCUUGGAAAACUGUUAAGAUGGAAAAGAAGAAAAAGAUAAAGGAACGUAUCACUGGAGAUAUCACAACUUCACUAUCAGCCAUACGAGAAGGGCGGUCUCAGGGGAAGUCUGUAGAUUCACCGGAAGUGUGCGAAUCCAUUCGAAAACUAGCCAAAAAAAUUGCAAGCAUUAUGUUUACGGACUUAAAGUUUUCCGAAAAGUUUGAGCUCGGUGAUAAAAUGUGCGCCAAAGUUCUGAAAGAAGGGACUCUAGUGGACGAUAUGAUGGACUUCUGUCUGCAGCAUAAAGACAAACUUCCGGUUAUCGCCCCUGGGGUGGAUGUGAUAUGGAGGUUUUUUAUGAAUGGAACAAUGUUUAGCCCCGAUUUAUCCCGAAAAAUUUCCGGGAAGGUGGGGUUUCUUUCCUAUGGAAAGGAUGUUCUGGAAUCUUUAUACGAUGUAUAUGUCAAUAAGAAAACCAUUAGGAAUCAAGUCCACACACUAGACUCCAUCAGUACCACCACACACAACAUGUGCACGUUUUGUGACGUCACAAUCAGCGACGUGAGGGCGGCGGGGUUUCUUGCUGUUUACUUGAAGUACCUGAAACACGAGACUGUCAAGGACCAGUUCGUGAAAGGUGUUCCGAUACUGACGGCAGCCAGUGACAUCAUGAAUGAAAAUGACGCAAGCAUUACAGGAAAUCGUCGUGACGUAGAGUACAUGAUACGUGGUAUCGAGGAGGCCAUUCAGAGUCCCUCGGGACAGUCCCAUGGCUGGUUUGCUUUCGAACUCGGAAAGAUCAUUGGAAAUUUAGCCAUUUUUGAUUCAAAUAAGAAACAACUGGUAAAGUAUGGAGUUUUGCCACCUCUGGUCAAACUUGCCAAGCAACCAGAAGAGAUCGAACAAAUCACUGCUACAAAAGCAUUGGCACACCUGGCUUUUGACGACGACAACAAGAAGACCUUUGUGUCCGACACACAGACAGACGUAGUGACCACUCUGUUUGACCUGGCUAGGUCGUCCCGGUACCCGGAUGUUCGGGAGUCAGCCAAGGGUGUCCUAUGGACGCUGUCUGAACAACUUCACUCCUCUACCAAACACGCAGACUUAGUUCAAGAACUUUUUGGAAAGAAAACAAAAGGUCACGUGAUGAUCAGUUAUUCUCGGGAACAGCGCCCACUGCUGUUGAGGAUAAAACAAGCCAUUACAGAGGCGGGAUUUAGUGUGUGGAUGGACAUCGAACAAAUGCGAGAGAACGUGUACGACCGAAUGGCAGAGGCCAUUCAGGACGCCUCGGUCGUUUUGAUUUCCAUGUCGUACAGCUACCAGCGGAGCGAAUACUGCAGAAGAGAGGCUGCAUACGCAUCCUCCUUAAAAAGGGCGCGAAUUCCGUUGCUGGUAGACCAAGGCUAUACAGCAGAGGGGUGGCUAGCUCUGAUGACGGCGGGGGACUACCAUUAUGACUUUGUCAGGAAACCUUUUGAGACCAAAAUAGUGGAACUAAUCAAGGAACUUGAACGAAGAUGCUUAAAAGGUCAGGGAGAAGUGACAGAUGGUGUUGAAAAGCAGGAAGUUGUAUCCCAGCAGUCAUCACAAGCAGUCUCGUCUCAGGGUUAUUCGAGCGCCCCCUGUGCACAUGGAGACUAUUCAUCUUCACGUUCAGAUAAUCCAACACAAAGUGGCAAGCGUGCAGAAAUGAUAAAGAAAUUUUCAGCGUUGAACAAGGAUCAGUUCAACAGCUGGCUAGAAAAACAAAACCUACCACGAGAUGUAUUCGAAAGCUACAGAGCUAAUGACGUGGUGUUUCUGGCUCAAAUGAAAGACGAGGCGCCAGAAGGAUAUUACAAACACGUGAUGAAAAUCUCAAAGUCCAAAAACAAAAUGGAGGCUCUCCAACUGGCUGCAGAUUUUACAAAGGCGUUAGAUCAACUCGAGAUUUCAGAGGACGAUAGCUGAACAAGAUACAACGAACCAAAGUUCUAAGUGUUCACCCAAAUCCUGUACAAUUUUUAUUACAUAGAUAACAACAUUUAUUUGUCUUGCCGUCGAAGUGAUUGAAUUCAGCUUGAUUUAAGAAGUUAAGAACGAUGCAUUGAUCUUGACCUCCGGUUGCUACCCGAGACCUUGACCUUUGCUGGGUAUCACGAACACUUCCGGUUUGGUUGGAUUUCGCCCAGAGCUUUCGGAUUGCUUUAGGUCAUUGAUGAAAAUGACGAUACACUUAUAGAAGGAAACAAUGUUAAAAAAAUAGCGUUUUCUUCGUAUUGCUUAAUAUCUAAAUAUCGAGGGAAAAAUAAACAAACAGCAGAUUUUAAGUGAGUACAUCCUAUGGUAGGAACAAUCAAGACACCAGCAUUCAGACGGCCCUGGCUCUUUCACCAGUUAACAUUUAAGACAUUUUAAGUGAUUUAUUUUUCUUUAAAACUUUUACUAAAAGACGAAUAGCAAUUGCAGAAAAAAUUGCCAAUUGUAUAAAGCACGCGCAGAAAACAAAACCGAUUUCUUGUUUUGACGUUUUGUCACGAUUAAAUGAUCAUUAUUUUU